CCCACACAACUCUAUAACGAAUCCUUCCAAAAUCUUUCCCCGAGUUCAUGCCUGUAAAUAAAAAUUAGUGUCUUCUUCUUACCAUGUGAAACCCCGCCAGCAAGAACCAGCUUCCCCUCUGGGCCCUUUCUGUAUAUAAACUUGGCCGAGGUACUCCUUUUCUUCACUACCUUGGAAAUGUUAUCUCCGCAGAUGGGUUUUGGGUGGAGGGUCUGGUUCUGUGUCUCUCUCCAGGUUUUGCUUGUGCUCUUGCAAGAAGCAAGAGCAGAGCACCAGUACUACAAUGUGAGCAGAUACAGAGGGGAAAAGCAAGUGAAUAGGUGCAAUCUGUUUCGAGGGAAAUGGGUUUUCGAUGCUUCUUACCCUUUUUAUGAAUCUUCUAGUUGUCCCUUCAUAAACCCUGAAUUUGACUGCAUCAAGUAUGGCAGACCUGAUAAACAGUUCCUCAAGUACUCCUGGAAACCUGAUUCCUGUAACUUGCCAAGAUUUAAUGGGAUGGAUUUGUUGAGGAGAUGGAGGGGGAAGAAAAUAAUAUUUGUGGCUGACUCACUGAGUUUGAAUAUGUGGAAUUCCCUGGCUUGUAUGAUCCACGCGUCGGUGCCCAACGCUAAGACAGGCUUUGUAAGGAAGGACCCUUUGUCUUUUGUUGCCUUUGAGGAAUAUGGAGUAACUCUGUAUUUGUACCGGACACCAUACUUAGUAGAUAUAGUUGAAGAAAACAAUGUGCCAGUGUUGAGGCUGGACUCCAUCAGCGCCGGCAAUGUAUGGAAAGGGAUGGAUGUGCUGAUUUUCAAUUCCUGGCAUUGGUGGAACCACACUGGAAAUUCUCAACCAUGGCAUUACAUUCGGUAUAGGCAACUAUUGCUCAAAGACAUGAACCGUUUGGUGGCAUUUAGCAUAGGGCUCACAACAUGGGCUAAUUGGGUGAACAAUAAUGUAGACACUUCCAAGACUAAGGUCUUCUUCCAAGGCAUUUCUCCCACCCAUUACGACGGAAGAGAGUGGAACCAACCAAAGAAUAACUGUCAUGGACAAUCAGAGCCGCUGUCCGGUUCUGUAUAUCCGGCGAGCUCUCCCCCGGCUGCAGCUGUUGUAAACAAAGUGUUGGAGAUGAUGAAGAAGCCAGUCUAUUUGCUUGACAUAAGCACACUCUCACAAUUGAGGAAAGAUGCACACCCCUCUACCUACAGCGGUGACCAUUCCGGUGCCGACUGCAGCCACUGGUGCCUACCUGGCUUGCCGGAUACCUGGAACGAACUCCUAUAUGCAGCUAUAGUUAUGUGAAGAACUUCAGCAACCAACGGGAAAUUUAUUUCUUCUCAUAUUCAAUUGUUUAUACAUUUGUCAUGGCAGGGCAGAAAUUCUCAUUUGCUUCUGGUAAUUGACACUGAUGGGCCAAAGCCAAAAUCAAUUGUAAAGUGAUUG